UGAAAUCUCUGUUCCCUUCACAUAACGAGGUUGCACGCCUGUGCUUUUACUUCUCCAGCUCUCUCUCUCUCUCUUCUAACCAGAACCACUCAGGGACAAAACCUCUUUUAAACCCUGAUAGAUACAAGCCUCUAUCACCACUUGCAAUUAGAAUAUACAAGAAAGCUUCUGUUUCCAAAUAAAAGCUGACUUAGAUAGCUAUUAAUUCCAUAUAUCAGUUACAUGUCUAGCAUAUACAUUUUUGGUUUUUAAUAUUUUCUCAUUUUCUAAAUUCUCCUGAUCUUAUCAACCAUUUUUCUUCAGCAUUUUCAAACCAUAGUGAUAUCUGGUACCGUUUCUGUCACAAAAGUCCAAACUGUCACUCUUUCUAUCCAAAAUCCCAUCCCCAGCAGUACAAAAAACAAGUACAUUUUCAAACCAAAAGGGUAGUUGGUAAAAAUUUUCUAUUCAAAUAUCUCUUCAUCCUUUCAUCUCUCAAACUGAAACCCUUUUCCCCACCAAUAGGAAAGGGGGUUGUUAUAAAUUUGUACCAAUCAUUUCAAAGCUUUUCAAACUCUUUCUUCCUUUGGACUGUAGUCUGUGGACGAAAACCAUCCAAAAGAAGAAUGUUUGCUGUAAAAUUUUUAUUCAGGCUCUAAAGUCUUGCUUUUAUUCAAGUAAAGAACAACACCCAGAAGCCAAAACCAAGAUUGCUGCCUCUCUAUAUCAAAAAUCAACGAAGAAAGAGCUGACAUUGGUGUUGCAUGGACAAAGCAUCGACAAUAACAACAUUGACAGCAAGGAGGCCAAAAUGGCAAUACCCACCAGCGCCACCAACACCAAGAAUCCUGCAUUCGCCUCGCAGGAAACCACCAACGAAGGCUAGUGCUGCCAAGUCUGGUUCACAAAGAAACAGGAAAGGUAAGCUGGAGACUCUGUUUGAUCAAGAAAGAGAGUUUACAAGAGGGGUUAUGCCCAUUGUAACAGUGAGUGGCGGAGGGGAUGAUCGGUGUGAGGAGGAGAGGAGAGAGAGAGUAGAGAAAAGCGAGAGCGUGGUGAUGGAGGAGGAGAAGUGGAGGUUUCAAGCUGAGAUGUUGAGGGCAGAGUGUAAUUUGCUAAGGAUGGAAAGAGAGAUUGCAGUGAAGAAGAUGGAGAGGAGAAGGAUCCAGGUGGAAAGGGCUUUGAGAUCUGCUGUUCAUACUCUGCUUUCUGGGAGAGAAAAGAUGUGCGAUGGAAAGAAUGCAAGCAUGAUUUUGGAGGAAGAGAUCAUUGAACUGGCUGAGAAACUAGCCAAGUUGCAGAGAAGAUCAAGAAAUAAAGAUUCAGAUGUUCCAAAGUGCAGCAAUUUUGAUAAACAAGCAUCUCUUCUUCAAAGACGGCUAGAGAAGUUUGCAGGAGGAUCAGAUGAGGUAUAUGUGAAGGAGAUUCAAGAGAUGGCAGAAGCAAGCUUGUCCAUCAAUACUACUAGCAGCAUCAAGGAAAUUUUUGUUUCAACUUGCAGCAACAAUAUGGAGGUUCUCAGAAGGAAAAUGGAGGGAUUGUCAAAGGGGAGUCUGUUAGAGAGGAUGGAAGUUGAAUAUGGGUUGAUGCUCUGUACAGCCAACGGUUCGGCUUCUAGUUCUAGUUAUGUUGCCACUUCAAAGGAAAUUGAAUUCUCGGAGAUGUCUUCAUCUUCAAUGAGACAACCCUGCAAGGAAAGAAAGCCCUAUGAAGAGAGAGCAUGUUCAGGAUGCUGCAAGGCAAUAGUGCAAAGGGUUGUGGAGCAAGUUCGGGCUGAGACGGACCAAUGGUCCCAAAUGCAAGAGAUGCUGGGGCAAGUCAGAGAUGAGAUGGAGGAAUUACAGGCUUCUAGAGAUUUUUGGGAAGAUCGAGCACUUGAUUCUGAUCAUCAAAUUCAAUCCCUACAAUCCGCUGUGAAAGAAUGGAGAUGGAAAGCUUUCUCCUCUGAAGCAAAGGCAAACGAGCUACAAGCUCAGGUAUCAAUGCUUCAAGCUGAGCUUGAAAAGCUGAGGAAGGAAAAAACUAGAGAAAGAAGUAGGACCAAAAGUUCAGCAGCAAAUUUGCAUGACUCACCAAAUGAUAUGGAGAAAAGAGUAUUGGUUUGUCGAUUGAAGGAAAAUCGCCAAUCAAAUGAUGAUUGCUGCAAGCAGGAGUUAUUGGGUGAUGGAAGAAAAAAGCCACCACUUAAUGCUACAAAACGCUCACCAUUUAGAGAUAUAGGAAAUUCAUCACCAUUGGUAAGGCAAAAUAGCAGGGCAGUUUUUCCUUUGCACUGUCCCCUGCCUUCCAAUGUGCAGAGUGAUUCUUAAUGUACUGAAUCCUUUCAAGUUUCUAAACUGAAAGACUUGUGACAAUUCCAAUUUGCACGUGAAUAAAGGAGCUUGUGGGGAAUUAUGAAUUA